CCAGCCUGGUCGAGCAGCUGACACUUUGUAUCCCAGCAUCUGCCUCUUUGCUAGCUGCCACCUAGCUCUCCUCCUUCCCUGCCGCCUCACUCCCUUCUUCUCUUGUGACCUUUUUACCUCUGCCAUUUUCUUGCUUGCUGGUUCCCAUCUCUGUGGAGUGAGCAGACCUUUCUACACUUUCCUGAGCUCCCUAUAAACAAUCCCACUCCAGGGGGAAGAUGUCCCUGAAAACUUCAACCAGCAACAUCACAAACAAAAACGACCCGAAGUCCCUGAACUCCCGAGUCUUCAUUGGAAACCUGAACACAGCUGUGGUGAAGAAGAGCGACGUGGAAUCCAUCUUCUCCAAAUAUGGCCGAGUGGUGGGCUGCUCCGUGCACAAGGGAUAUGCCUUUGUACAGUAUCUGAAUGAGAGGCACGCGCGGGGGGCUGUCAUAGGAGAGAAUGGACGGGUACUGGCUGGGCAGACACUGGACAUUAACAUGGCCGGGGAGCCAAAGCCCAACAGGCCCAAAGGGCUGAAGCGAGCGGCAGCUGCACUGUACAGCGGCUACGACUUGGACUUGGACUACUACAGGGAUGAUUUCUAUGAGAGGCUGCUUGAGUAUCGUGGGAGGGUCUCGCCUGCCCCUCGUGCUGUCCCCGUUAAACGUCCCCGAGUGACUGUUCCUCUGGUUCGAAGAGUUAAAUCUGCCCUUCCUGUAAAGCUUCUUGCAAGAUCUGCGGCUAUCACAGGCAACGCAGCCCGACUGAAACUAAGAAGCAAUGAAAUCCAGACGAUCAAAUCGGAACUCACACAGAUCAAAACAAACAUUGACGCCCUGUUGGGGAGGUUGGAGCAGAUCACAGAUGAACAGAAGCCCUGCACAGCGCAAGACCAGAUGAGCAUGAGGUUGAGCCGUUGUCACUUACCUCCAUUCUGCCCUCUGCUUCCAGCCGUAGCAGCCAGGAAGAAAUCAGACUGCAGCCGAAGCGAAUUCUCCCAGGACGACAGCACGUCAGAGGCCGGGGACACAAAUAACGACGACCCCCUUAAUGGAGAUGAAGUCGAGGAUCUGACACACGAUGAGUCCACAGACGACUUGGACAUCAGCCACUACACAUCCUCCUCUCUCCAUUAACCAGUUUAUUUCUAUUCUCCAAGCUUCAGUCAAGGUUUUAGGAUCUACAAGGGGGACCUUCACUACAAACAGCUGAGGAUCCCAGGCUGCCUAUCCCGCAAUACUCAAGAUUGGUAUCACCUACACAGAGACUUUAUCCUUCUUCAAAAAGAGACAGUGACCGGGGAGGGGAAAAACGGAACCACAUGCUCCCCGUAUGGAGCAGGAACUGUACAGACACCGCUGUGUAACUUGCACCCUAUUUCCGUGCACCCCAGUAGCAUCAGGCUUGGUACAAGGAGUUGUGGGAAUACAGAGAGUGCAGCAGUUCUAAGUGACUGAGGGGACAGUAGGCUGGUAUUAUAAGAUAUGGAGGGAGUCACUGAAAAAUAAAAUGCUUGUCUUGAAUGUGCUCAGACAGGAGAGUGACAGGAGACCCACACAAACAGGCAAUGCUCCCUGCUCACAAUGUUGCUUAGUGACAAAGACAGCCGUGGAUGAUUGUAAGCUCUUUGAACUGCCCUCAGUUUAAUGUGAUCCCGGAAAAAUGGAAAUUGCUACAGAAUAUUUUGUUUUCAUUAAAAAAAAAAUAUCUGCUGCACAAGAAGCUGUUUUUGUGUGGCCAUUAUAAAGCUAGCCAUACACAGGCUGAUACAAGCCAUUGACUUGGCCUAUCUAGACCAACUUGGCAGCUUACAAGCCCAUACAUUAGAGCCUCCUGUUGGCCUGCAUGACGGUCAUCUGUCCCAAAAUUGGGUAGGUUUGAAUAUCCCAUCAGGUGGGGACCAAAGUCAGGCGUUGAUGCGGCCCUUGCCCAAAAGGUUUAUGUUGGCCUGGAAUAUGGUCCAAUCAUUCGCCCCCACUAUGAAUACAUGGCUGCUAAACUGGCAGAGGUCCACUCAUGUGGUGCCCUUACCAAACAAGCCGAUCUUAAGGUCUAUGGCCAGGUUCUCUCUCCUUCUCUGAAAUAAACAUCUCCUUGUGCCCGAGACAGGGUAGUGCCAAGAGCAGGUCAUUACCCUUCCUUAUAUCAUUAUGAAAUGGAAGGCGCAAAAUAAAAACCGUGACAACUUGAUUUGAUAUAACGUAAAGGCAGGUUUGGGCCAAUCCUAAAGAACAAAGAAAGUGAAGCAGAGAGGGGAUCCAAUUGGCAGGUAUCCCUCAGUAAUUAGUUACUAUGUAUCCCAAGCUCAUGGUCCUCUUUGGUUAAAUGUGCUGCGCCAUGGGGUACAUUCAUGAGUGUUGCGUUGCCAUGUUCAGCUGCCUAGCAACAUGCCUACGCACAGUACAAAUCGUAAAAGGUCUCGCCUCCUCAUACCCCUUGAGCCAUGGCUGCUGGUGCAGGGGCAACAGGUUUGAGGAAAGAGCAAAGACCCAAUAGGCCGAAGAAUUUAUGUAAACAGAGCCCCAGCCUAUUGGGUAUUUGCACCAAGCUCCGUGCCUGACAUACUAUAACUAUGGGUGUCACUUUACUACGUGCCUCCUCCCUGGUCACUACUCUUAGCCAAAACCAUCGGGAUACUCUUACCUGUGCAACCGCCCCCCCGGAAGAAUCGAGCCUCUGUAAAUACAAGGGAUGUAAUUAAGAUAAAAUGUUUUAUAACUUUUCUAAAUACUUUAUUUAAAAAUAAAUGUAGAGCUCCCGUCCAGGUCCGUAUUGUGAUUUGAGCAGCGUGACGGCAAGGAGGCUUACGGGCAGAGGGGCGCGGUUCCACCGACUCAAGUCUAUACAUGUGUGUAAAUAUAUAUUGUGUUUAUCCUUGAAGAGAGAGUAAAACGUGUGACAUUCAGUCCUGUAAAUAAAUACUUCUGUAAAAUAAAAGCGUCGGCGAGUAAAAAUACA